GAGGACCACGCCGCAAACCACGCCUUGCUCGUUCUCCCCGACGCAGAAUUUGAAUCUGAAUCGCACAAUCGCAUCCUCCACGGCUUAGAGCGCAUACCUCCUUCGCAUCAUCAUCCGAGCCCCGAGCUCUCCCACCCUACCGUCACAAUGCCGAAAGAGAAGAGGAAACGGCAUGGUGCUGCCGAUUCCAGUCCGUACACGAAGCCCUCGGGAAAGACUGCUACAGCGAAUGGGGCGUCUUCCGCCGCGACCAACAUAUUUCGAAUGAAUAAAGAUCUCGGUCAGCACGUUCUCAAAAACCCAGGGAUUGCAAGUGCAAUUGUUGAGAAGGCGAAACUCAAGCAAUCGGACCAAGUGCUCGAAGUCGGUCCCGGUACCGGUAACCUUACAGUUUUAAUCCUCCGAAAAGCCAAAUCAGUUACAGCAGUCGAGAUGGAUCCGAGAAUGGCCGCCGAACUCACAAAGCGCGUACAAGGCACACCGGAAGGAAAGCGGCUGAAAGUCAUGCUCGGAGAUGUCAUAAAAACGGAGCUUCCGUACUUCGACGUCUGCAUCAGCAACACCCCUUACCAGAUCAGCUCGCCGCUCGUCUUCAAACUGCUUUCUCUACCUACACCGCCGCGGACAUGCAUACUCAUGUUCCAGCGCGAAUUCGCAAUGCGCCUCUUCGCCAAACCGGGCGACAAACUAUACUCGCGCCUCUCCGUCAACGUUCAAUUCUGGGCCAAAGUCUCGCAUAUCAUGAAGGUCGGCAAGAACAACUUCAACCCGCCUCCCCAGGUCGAGUCCAACGUCGUCCGCAUAGAACCAAAGCAUCCACGUCCGCAGAUCGCAUACGAGGAGUGGGACGGCCUGUUAAGGAUAUGUUUUGUCCGCAAGAACAAGACACUACGAGCGAGCUUUUUGGGCACCACCGCUGUCGUGGAUAUGCUAGCCGGCAAUUACAAGUUAUGGUGUGCGCAGAAUGAUAUCCCGGUUGAUGAUUCGCCACUGGACGGAGCGGAGGCGGACGGUAUGGACCUGGACAUGUCUGUAGAUCAGAAAGACGAAGAGGACGAGUGGAACGGUUUCAGCGACCCUGAAGACCCAGACGACGAAGUACCCGAUUUCUUCAAGCAGGCGACGAAACGGACAAAGGGCGCGGGGAAGAAGAACAGGGGGAGAGUUACGCAGCUGGUCAAAGAGAAGAUAAGGAAGGUUCUCGAGGACGAUACGCAGCUGGCGGAUAAACGUGCGCGGUUGUGCGACGAAAACGACUUUUUGAGCCUGUUGGCUGCGUUCAACAGCGCGGGUUUGCAUUUCAGCUGAAGCAAGAGGCGAGGAACAGGAUGGGAGCAUUUCACGGAGUUGGUGGCGUCUAACGAGCAGCAUGCAUGGGUAGACAGAUACCAAAAAGCAUCUAACACGGCGUUCUACGGGAUAUCAAGAUUAUGCUAGAAUCGAGCUUUCACGAGGUCUUUUAUAUGGCCUCUUCGAAUUGUCGCACCAGCUGUCCCUUCUCUUGUAGAUACUCCUUAACCUGUUUGACCGUGUACUCUCCUCUGUGGAACAUGCCAGCCCCCAACGCGGCAUCCGUCCUCGUCUGCGCAAACACUUCAUUAAAAUGCCCCGGAUUCCCCGCGCCACUACUCGCGAUAACCGGGAUCUUAAUCGCUUCCUUCACAUCGUUGAUAAGCUCGAGAUCAAAUCCGCUAUUCGUC